AUGUACUUACCAGCAGAUUUGUCCCGUUUCAAUAAACUGCCAAAUAAUCAGUUUCAGAACGUACUAAGCAACAGCAUUCUUCCGAUUCAGUCUACAGACCCUAACUGUCUCUUCAGAUUGAACGAAGAGCAAUUUAGUUUUGAACAUCUAGAUGGUACAUUCAAACCUGACACGGCCAUACGUAUUUCGCGAACACCUUUGAUCUCCAGCGAUCCAAGCACUUACGCUUCUUUAUCGAAGUUUGUGGAACAAAACCUUCGAAAGUAUCACACUACAUUGGGCAACAUUAACCAAAAUCAACUUACGAAUCCCCUUUCCCUACCUCCAGAACCAACUGGUGUACAACCAGAUGGAAAAACAGAAGUGCUUCCCAUCGGCUAUGGAAUAAAUCCUUUGAUUGCCGACCCUUUUAAAAAUGUUCACCUUACACCAGGUUGUCUUGCUGAUGUGAUCAACUUUGAUGACCAGAAGCAGAAGCCACAUGAUUAUAAGCUUUCAAAUCCAAACUCUGUCCGCUUAUGGACUAAACCAAAAAGUUUGAAAAAUGAUAUAAAUCCUUCCUCUGAGGAUUUGAAGGUUCCCAAAAGCAGUUUGGUACGAUCCACCUCCAACUUCAUUGCUAAAGUUCUGACGGCCGAUGGUUUUAACAGAAAGUUUUCUAAUUCGGAAUCAGUCUUAUUAGCAUGUCACGGAAGAGUUUUGAACUUGAUUACAUUAGCCGACGACGCUAAAGAAAUUGAUGCAGAGAUACCUCUGUUGAAAGUUGUCUUUUCAACAGGUAUUAUCACGGCGAUGUCACACAUCCACUAUGUCACCACUUCAGGGGAGACUGCAUUGGAUGUUUUGAUAGCGUUCGCUUCUGGUGAUAUCUUCUGGCUAAAUAUUCCGAAAUUGAAAUAUUCUCGCUGGAAUAAGAAUGCAAAACUCAAAAAUAAACCUGUUAUUUCUUUACAAUGGUCAAACUGUGGAAACUUUGCAACUGUCGGAUUUGGAGAUGGUGAGGUGAUGAUCUUUCAUAGAGAUUUUGAAGAUUCAGAAGUUUACAAAGUUGAGGAACGAAACGCAGAAAAGCUGAAGAACAUAUCAGUGCUUCAUUCCCUCAAGUCGAGCCCGUCUUCAACCUUCAGUAAUCCAAUUGCGCAUUAUAAGUUCUCGUCCAAAGCUAUCACAGGUUUGAAUUGUCACCCGGAGUUUUCAAACAUUUGGGCCGUGGCAUGUGACGAUGGGUUCGUGAGGAUUUUUGAUAUGUUUGCAGAGCAUAUCACCGACUUGGUAUCAUCAUAUUAUGGAGGCGUCCUUGACGUUUUAUUUACGCGAGAUGGCAAGUAUCUACUCACAGGUGGGGAAGAUGACAUUGUUUCAGUGUUUGAGUUCACUAACGUUGGUUUAAGCAACACUUCAAAUGGCCUCAUCAAAUUAGUCGUGCGUCUGGAGGGAUCAAGAUCGUGGGUACGUGCAAUUAAUGUCGACCUCUUUAAAACGACAUCCGGUUUGCUUUACAGGAUCGGUACCGCGGGGGAUGAUGGGUCGAUAAGAUUUUAUGAAUUCCAGCCUAGAAACCUUCCGAAGAUUCGGAAAUUAAAGGCAAGAGGCAAGCCUUUAAUAAACCAGAGACAAAAGUCAAGUUUGACCUUGAAUUCCCAAAGUGAGGUCAGCUUCAAGCAGUCUAUUGCCGCAUCGGAAACUAUGAGGCGCAGUUGGUUACAAGGUUCAAAAUUCGAGUCACAAACAGGAUCAGUGUCGUCUUUGACAUCUUUAAACCGUCUGCAGCAUCUUUCCCUGUAUGAAAUAAUCAAUCAGGACAAAGUGGAGAAUAUGAAAAAGCAUGAAGAUUCAAACACGCAGGGAACCAACGGUAACCUCAUUUUCAAAAGCCAAGAGUCUGUUCUCCAAACCCCAAAGAGAAAUGUAUCCCUUCACUCCAUUACUAAAUGGCGUGACUGCCCAAUAAUCUAUCCAAUUGGAGAGAAAAACAUUCAGCUAGGUAGACUAAGUGGCCUUCAGUUUGAAAAACAUUUUGUUUGGGCAUUUGUGUCUACAGGUGAUUUGAUCCGUUGGAGAAGACCUUGA